AUGGCGUGUUGCGGCGUUUCGGGGGUCAAUUUGACGCCCUUGGCCAGAUAUGCGAGAUCCAUGAAGGCUCAUCUUGAUUCUGAUUUGCUUCCCAUGCGGUUCCCUAUGUAUACCGUACCACUGGAAACACUACUGAAGAUGACCAAAGCUGAGCCUCAUGAAGAGCUAAAAGCCCAAGGGGUCCUGGUGGAGUUUGAAAGGCAUAGAGGCCAGGCGGCGUUUGUUUCACACCAGUGGGUUUCAAGAGACCACCCAGACCCAGAGUUCAAGCAGAUGAGGGUCUUGCAGGAUGCUCUGAAGGAAAUGAUGGGCAGUUUGAAAAGAUUUCCGGUGAACCCUGUGACAGAAGUUGCGGAAGGGAACGUCAAGCCCAUCCCCACAUCCAGGAUUCUGUCAGAACCGCUGUUCUUCUGGUAUGACUACUUUUCCUGCCCGCAAAAGGAACGUGUCAGACUGAGCAUGGGGCAAAAUCCAGUGAGCAACUCGGGACGAAGUCUGAUGGAUGCAAUCAACAGCAUCCCAGCCUAUGUGUCCAAGUCUGCUUUCUUCUUGGCUCUCGUCCCAGUAUUGGAGAAUCCCAGCAAGACCAAUUUGAUAACAACUUUGACCUGGCAGGCAAGAGGGUGGUGCCGUUUGGAGAGAACUUGCCGGGAACUCUCCCAAGAGCACUCCUGGAUCAUAGUGAAAGGUGCAAGAGACCUGGAGGUCAUAGGAAGUAUGAGUGCAUCCCUGCGCGCUGGCUCUGGGCCAGUUGGCGAUGGCAUUUUUAGCGUGUCAAAGGAUCGCUUCAAGCUUGGACCAGUUCUGAUGAUAGCCCUCAAACGCAAAAUGCUCAGUCUCCUGAAGGCUCAGGUUUUGGCAGGCUAUCGGGCUUUCUUGAACCAGCAACCUUUGCUGUUCAGAGGAUUGGAUGUCAAUUUCUUUGACCCCUUGGGACUUGGAGCAGACCAGAUGGGAUUGGACUCAUCAGAACUCACACAGUUCUUCCACCAGAAUGGUUUUCGCAGCGUUCGGGAGACUGACAGUGGUGGUUGGUCGCCCCUUCAUUACGCUGCCCUAAAUGGGAACCCCUCGUUGGUUCAAGAUCUGCUGGAGGGUCAGGCAGAUCCCAACCAAGGCAGCAAGAAAGUUCAUCCGAGCCUCGGGCAUGCUGCAGGGACCCCGCCUCUUUCCAUCGCUUGCCUUUUCAAGAACAACGAGGCCGCCCGGCUCCUGAUCUCGGCCAAGGCCAAGGUCACCAAUGGGAUGCUGAUUCACCCUCCAUUCAUUUGUGCGUGCACUGCCAACAAUACACAGGCCAUUGAGCUUUUGUGCGGUGCUGGCUGCAACCCGCGGCACAUCAACAUUUUUGGUGUAAGUCCCAUGGAAACUGCUGCCUAUUAUGGCGGAUUGGAAGCUAUGGAGGAACUCCUAAGAUCUGCAAGUGCCAGUGACCUAGAUCCCACGGCCGCUCUUUACAAUGCGGUGUUUGGUGGUGGAGGUUCCGAGGUGGUGCACCGCCUUGUUGAGCUUCGAGCCGAUGUAAAUGCUCAGACGGAUGGCCACUGGAAGCGCACGAAGCUCAUGCGAGCCGUGUACUCGCUGACGGUUUUGCAGCAUCGGAUUCACAAGGUCACCACGCUGAACCGCAUCUUUUACCACGCCAAAGGGGCGACGCCUCUGAUGAUUGCUUUGAUGACUGGGCAGCACGAUUGCGCGGCGGCUCUGAUUGCUUGUGGGGCGCAGGUUCAUCUGAAGAACUCGAGGGGGUGGACUGCAGCGGAUUUUGCAGAAGGGCGUUCAGUGCCAGAGUUCCUGCAGCAAGCAUUGCAAGGACGGGUGGAAGCAUGCCAGAGGGUGUCACUACUGGCGCAAGGAUGGGUGGAGAUGCGGUUUUAG